AUGACGUCAAACAAAGAUUACACCAUAAUCGAAGGGUUGCCGACGCCUCGAGUGUACCAUGACCUGCGAAAGCUUGCUGGCAUGACGCCUCCGCCCCUUGAGGCUGUACCCAAAGCGCUGGAAAACUCCUUCGUCGCCAUCCUCGCGUACGAAACCAAGAAUGUGCUAGACGAGUCAACACCGGGCCCAGGUCAGGAUCCAGUUGCGAUGGGGCGCUUAGUCGGCGACAAGUCGCUCUUUCUCAUUCUCUGCGAUGUAGCAGUGCACCCAGAGCAUCAACGGCGUGGGCUUGGGAAGCGCAUCAUGCAAGCGCUGGUCGAUUACGUGGACGCACAUGCUCCCCAAGCGUAUGUCAGUCUGGUCGCAGAGCCGGCAGCACAAAAGAUGUACCCUCAGUACGGGUUCAAGGAUGUGCAGCCUAGCAUUGGAAUGUACAGGAUGUUGAGAGACCGAAAGAUCGAGGGAGAGGUUGCCAACGAAGGGUCAUCUGGAGGACCAGACCUAAAGCUGUCGUGA